GUAAUCCUAACUUUUUAGAAUUAAAAUAUUUGUCAGUUGGUUAGAAUCUGGCCCUUUCUUUAUUUAAAAAUUGAGGCAAAUACUAAUAAUAGGAAAACUACUUGUUAGAUUGUUCUAAAUGUUAACUUAGUAUGUUUUACCUAGCUAGUAGAUCUAGCAAAUGGGGCAUGUCUAGCCCAGUAUCACUCUGAUUCUGAUUACUAAAAAGUAAAUAAACUAGAUUUGCAUUUUUUAUUUGCAAGAGCUGUAACACCUGUGUUGAAGUUGUCUCUACAUGGAUGAUUAACAGCACCCAGUCCUAACACGGUUGGUAUCAUUUUUAUCUUAACAUGAAAUGGGUAGUGGAAGAAAGAAGAUGUAAAUGGAUCUGCAAAUCAAUCAGAAUAUGAUCAAGUACAAAACGUUUAUGCAAAUCUGUAAAGUCAUCAUAGGUAAAUUCAGGUGAUGCGCCGUGAGUAAAUUCAUUGAUACCAAAGAUUAAAUGAAAAAACACGCUUACGACAGCAGGCGACAAUGCGCGGUUUUCGGUUCUUAAUCUUUGCUCUUCUUUAUUGUCGCUGGAUUAAUACAUCAAAUCCCUGCAAAAGGAAAGACUUUAGCUUGCCCGGCGAUUAUAUAUUGGGAGGGUUAUUCCGACUUCACAGUGCUAAGGAGUAUAAGUUUCUCUAUAGAAUACCUGCAGUUCUCGACUGCGACGUGUAAGUACCGUUUACCGUAAGACCAUUUUAGAAUAUAGGAGCAAUUUUUCUUAAAGCAUUAUAAAUUAACGCAUUGGCUUUGUCUUCGUUUCCGUAAUUUCUCGUCAUGGUGUACAUUUAUGAGUCGUCUGUUAUUUUUCCCCCUCAGGCUAGCAAUGAAGCUAGGUGUUUUGUAGCUAAUAAACGUAAGAUUGAAAUCACGUCGCCGAACUACUAUGUCGUUCUACCAUUCUGUCGACUAUAAUUAAAAAGGGGCGGUGGGAUGGGGGGUUGGUUGCUUCAAUGAUCGUCAUCUAAACAGUUUGUCUAAUUUCAUAGAUUUCAGUAUGCAGCUCACCCGUUACACUACUGUAUUCUCCCUGCCAGGUGCCCGUUUUUACCUGGAUAUUAUCAGCAGCUCCAGGUGAUGAGGUUUGCGGUGGAGGAGAUCAAUAACUCCACAUCUCUACUGCCCAAUGUGUCGCUCGGCUACGAGAUCUUCGACUACUGUUCCGAUUCCCAUAACCUCCAAGCGGCUUUAGACUUCCUUUCGAAGAAGCUGACCAGAGUUAUUCCCGUUGUGGACCGCAUAACAGAGUAUCUGCCAAAAGUUCUGACAGUGAUUGGACCUUUCGGUACCACCGAGAGCCUAGUAAUUGCCCCGCUCUUCGGUUCUUACGGUGUUCCAAUGAUAAGCCCCGGAGCUUCAAGUUUGCGUUUGAGCGACAAAAUUAACAAUCCUUCGUUUCUGCGGACGAUUCCAAGCGAUAAAAAUCAAGUGCGGGUUAUAAUACAGCUCCUGAGGAGGUUUAACUGGAAUUGGGUUGCCUUUGUUGGUAGUGGCGACGAUUACAGCAACGAUGCCCUUCGGGAAUUUGAUAAGGAGGCCCGCUUGGUCGGCAUCUGUGUUCCGUACCAAACAACUCUACCUCAAGACACUUCUAAAAUUGGUGCCCUGUUUGACAGCAUAGCCACGGUCAACGUGAGCGUCGUGGUCGUGUUUUCCACACGGAUUUACGCCAUCCCCUUCAUCAAAGCUGCCGUGGCGAACAACGUGCGAGACAAAGUGUGGAUUGCAAGCGAAGCCUGGUCCAUGAACGAAGAACUGGCCAGAAUGCCUGGGAUUGACACCAUCGGCACGGUUAUAGGGAUAACUACUGGGGGUCUGGCGCCUUUGGAGGGGUUUGAAGAGUUUGUCCGCAAAACCCUCGCUCACCGCGACGGCGAGAUCUGCAGCGACUCCUCUCGCUCGGCUGUGGAGGAAACGUGCAACCAGGAUUGCCCUGCGUGUGCAAACGUGACUCUAGAAAACCUGCUCAGUCCAGACCCCUCAUACCGUCUUCGCGUUUACUCUUCUGUUUACUUAGCUGCCCAUGCGCUUCAUCAGCUCCUAGGCUGCGACGCGAAAUAUUGCCGCAGGUCCGACCCAGUGCUUCCACACAUGGUUCUUAAAAAGCUGAAGACGGUGAACUUCACCCUGUACGGACGCACCAUAAAGUUUGAUGUAAACGGAGAUCCGAUUCCCUCUUACGAUUUCGUGGUUUGGGACAGAACUUCACCGCGGUUUUAUAAGAAGAUCGGUUCCUAUACUUCAGAUCCAGAGCCUAUAUUCGUUCUUAACGCGAGUCUUAUUCGCUGGUUCUCCAAUGGAACGGUGCCUGUCCUGACAUGCAGUGCAGAAUGUGAAGCAGGUUACAGGAGGACAUCGACUGGAGCUCACAGCUGCUGCUUUGAUUGUGAGCCCUGCUUGAAUGGAACCUUUGUCAAUCACACAGCUGAUCCCUACAAGUGUGUGAAGUGUGAAACUGAUGAGUGGUCAGAAAAUGGAAGUUCCUGUACCAAGCGCUCCCAAGAAUACCUUCAUUACACAGACCUCGUCUCCAUUGGACUAUUUUUGUCUGCAACCAUCCUAAUUUCUCUGUCGAUAGCUGUGGGAGCUGUCUUUGUUUGGAAUCGUAACACCCCUGUUGUGAAGUCUGCAGGGGGAAAGAUGUGCUUCUUUAUGUUGGGCUGCUUGAUAGUGUCGUGCACAACAAUCUUCUCUUUUCAUGGGGUACCUCAUGGGUGGACCUGCAUGCUGAGGUUUCCUGUGUUCACUGUGUUCUACACCGCCUGCCUCUCCUGUCUCACUGUGCGCUCCUUCCAGAUCGUUUUCAUCUUCAAAAUGGCGGCCAAGCUGCCCAAAGCUUAUGAUUUCUGGGUCAAGCACAAUGGCCAGUGGCUCACUAUUAUGGCUUGUGUGGCCAUUCAGAUCAUCUUGUGUACCAUCUGGAUUGGUGUGGAGGGACCCCGGCCUUUCAAUAACACAGUAGCCUAUAAAGACCAGAUAAUUUUUCAAUGUAGCUUGGGAAACCUCUACGGUUUAUUCACAGUGACAUCUUUCACUGCCUUUCUCAGCAUACUGUGCUUCGGUUUCUCCUACAUGGGCACUGACCUGCCUAAAAACUACAACGAGGCGAAGUCUAUAACAAUUAGCUUGCUCGUGUUGUUCAUUUCAUGGAUUUCCUACUUCACAUCUCGCAUGGUGUACCAAGGGAAAUAUCUCGAAGUUAUCAAUGCUGGUUCAGUGCUGUCCACUUUAUAUGGGAUACUUUUGUGUUACUUUGUUCCUAAGUGUUGCAUUAUCCUUUUUAAACCAGACCAAAACACACCUGCACACUUUCAAAGCUGUAUUCAGAAUUACACCAAAACAAUUAGUACUAAAUAAAGUCUGCCAUGUGAGUAGGUUUUUUUUGGUCUAAGAACAUAAGAGCAGUUAUACAUUAAAUGUCUGUUUGGUAGUUAGUUGCAAACUGAUCCAAGGAUUUCAUCCAGUCAUUUGGAAGACAUCCCAUGGGAUUAUGUUGAGCAUUUUAAAUAUUCAAAUAAUUGGUUUCUCUGUUCAACACUCAAAAGGGUCUUUUACCCUUUCGGUGCAGAACAUUUCUUUAUGUUUCACAAUGUGCCAGGUUGCUCUUUUUUAGACUCAUACCAUAACAGCAAUAUAUUGUAUAUAAUGUGAACACAAUUGUACAUAAUAUUCUAAAUAAUGCCUUACUAGUGCAUUAGAGCAUUAAAACACAACAUCCUAUGAUUUAAACUACAAUUUAUCUCUAUAUGUUCACAUUGUGUUUGCAUUUUGUAUUGCUUCUGCCAAUUGCAUUGAAGAUGUAAAUGAUGUGUCAACAUAAAUACCAGUCUUUUUCACAAGCAGUCUCUUCCAGCUUAGUGUUUUCCUGUUUAGGAUGAAAACUACAGAAGAUUAAAAGUAUGAUUUGCUUGAAGUAAAAUAAAAUUGAACUGAAAAUAAUGAGGAUAUUGCUUCCAACUCACAUAUAAAACAGAAAGCACAACUGGUAUUUUAAUAGAUAUUUCCAGUGCAAAAUUUAACCUGUAGUCAUGCUGAGUACAUUUGAUUUAUGGCAAUUCUAUGUCUUCUAUAAGCUAUUGCGUUGUGUUCAGAUGUGUGCCAAAGAACAGCUAUAUAUUGUAUGAACACAGAAAAGAACAGUAUCUAGCUUUUUCAGCUUUUGUAGCUUUCAGCAGCACUUCUUAGAAGGAAUAUAAACAAAAAAAUACAACUGAACAUUCAACCAAUAAUCUUCAUUCAUUUAUUCAUCUGAUGAAUAAAUAAACUGGCAUUUUAACUGUUGAUCUCUCUUCUCUGCUUUGUUCAGUCUGUAUUGGAAUAAUUGAACUC